AUGUGGGGCACCUCUUUCUGCCACUUUACCCCGCCUAAAUUCAAGCUUCCCCAAGCUAUCUCACCACCAUCACCACCACAGGUCGCAUUAACCCACCUCACCAUCACCACUUUGCGCAAACCCCAAUCCCACCCCCAAAUCCGCCCACACACACCCUUCAAAAUGGGCUGGUUCAACGGCUGGUUCGGCGGGAGCGCAGACAACUCCUCCUCCGACCCCCUCGCCCACCUCGAUCCCAAACUCCGCGAAUUCCUCCAAAAAGAAGCCCCCGUCAAAUACACCCCCUCCUCCGAAUCCUCCCCCCCAACCCCCGCCGUCCCACCACACCGCCAGCUCGACCAAAAAUCCCAAGACGACCAAACCGCCGCCUCCCAAUCCACCGUCCCCCCCCGAAUCCCUCUUCCCCGACGGCCGCUACGCCCACCUUUGGAAAACCUACACCCCCCAAUCCACCAUCGAAGCAGCAACCAAAACCGACCACGAAAAACUCAUGGACGUCCUCGACUCGUACAAAGACCGCAAAGCCGCCAUCGGCCGCGCGCCCUCGAAAAUUGCGCCGACGAGCAAUUCACCUGGGCCACGUCGCUGCUACAACAACCAAUCCCGUCUUUUGAAAGCGUUGGGGUACUGAACACCUAUGGGAGAAGCGCCGAGGAGGAUGAGAUGAUUCAAAUGAGGGCCGAUGAGCUGUAUCAUCAGAUGUUGAGGCAGGAGGAGGAGAUCAAGAGGGCCAAGGAGGAAGGGAGGGAGGCGCCCGAGUUUAGGAGUGUGCUGGAGGAGGUUGCAAAGGUUAGGCAGCGGCAGCAGGAGACUGCUGGGGAGGCGGUUGGGAAGGUGAAUAUUCCACCGCCGCCGGCCGAGUUGAUCGCGAGUUGGAAGGAAAAGUUGGAGAAGUUGCCUGAGCAGGAUAGGGCGGCCGAGGAGGCGGCGUUGAGGGCGGAUUAUAGGGCUAAUGCCGAGAUGGCGGCGAGUAUUCAAGGCCUGUGGCAGGAGCAGGCGAAACAGAGGGAGGAGAGGAAGAAGAAGGGCGAAGAGACGUUUAUGGAUCGGUUUAGGGGCAUGGUUGCUGUGGGGAAGGUGACGGAGAAGAAGGAGGAUAACAACAAAUAG